AUGCCUCUCAAUACAAGCACGUAUAUGCAAUCUCAAGGCUGGGCGGGCCAGGGCAAUCCUUUGGGCUUGAACGGAUCAGGCUUGAAGAAGCCGCUCGCCAUUCCUCAGAAGAGGGGUCUCAAGGGGAUCGGCAAAGAUAGGGACAGAGCGAACGAAUGGUGGGAUUGUCUUUUCGAAGUGCGUAUUAUGACAGUGCGCCAAUGAAAGAGACAUCUCUUCCUUUGAUUGACGACGCGAUGAUGCCUUGCCCUGCUUCCUUUGCGACAAAGGCAUCAGCAAAAGCUCUAGCGCUGCCCUCGGCUGCUUCAUCGCUUCAGACUACCACCGCGCCGUCCUCAUCCUUCACUUCCACGUCUACUACGAGCGCAGCACGCCUCUCUCUGAUCGCUUCAGCCAAGAGGGAAUCGGCCAAAAAAGCCCUCAUGGCCGGCUUUGUUAGGGGCAAAGUGCAUCUGGAAUGGAGCGAGAAGCAAAGAGCAAAGGAGAACGCAAUGUUGGACGCCGCGCCCUCGCCUUCUCGAAAAGAAGCCGCUUCGACUGGCAGCGAGACACUGCCCAGGCUGACUGCGCGGAAAGAGAAGGAGGCAGAGGUGGUGCCGGUGCAGAUGCAGGUGAAGAGCGCGCAGAAGGAGGAGAAAGUGCAGAGGAGGUUGGAGCGGCUACGGGUGAAAGAGGUGGAGAAGAGGGAGAAAGAGGAAGGAAGAGCUCGAAGAGAAGCCAAGAGGCGCAAGAAAGAGGAAAAGAAUGCUAAAGUGGGGAGGAUGACAGCUAAUAGCGGUGAGAAAGAGAAGUUGCGCGAUGCGAAACCAGAGCUUGGUUCAGGUGAUACAAUGA